CUCUAGAGAAAAAAAAUACAAAGUUUGUUAUAGAUUUAAACUGUUACAAAAUUAAAGUCUUUAAUCAUAUAUAAAACUUAAUUUUGGGAACAAUAUUUUAUUUUUAAAAGAGAUUUAAGAUGUCUAGUUCGGUCAUGCAGAUUUUAAUGUUAACUUUGUUUGGGAUGAUCUUGUUUCAACUUUCAACUGGCCACGUUAUCGGAGGUGGAUAUAACACAGAAUCGGAUGAAGAGGCGGAAACCACGCCAACGCCACGCUGGGUUAGGUCCGCCGUCGCGUCUGCAACCGCAACUAAGCGCAGCGCCCGCAAUACCCUCGUUGAGAAGCUGAAGCUCACCCCUUCUCCCAAGCUUCUGAAAAUGAAGAAGUCGCCAAAGUCGAGCUUGAAGAAGAAGAAGAGAGACCCCACUCUCAGAUCAAGGCGAUCUCAGAUCAACUGCCAGAUGCCUUCCAAUCUACCCAGGAUGGUCAGAGAAUUGAACCCGUUCCUGAACUUCACCCAAUUCGUUGGAUUGGUCAACCGAUCAGAGAGCUAUCCUCCAUUGCCAGAUAACCAGCCCAGCGUUGACGACUGCCCAUCCGGCUACGGGUCUUGGUGGCCGAGGAGUGAGAUGAACCUCAGGUCAACAUGCCCUUGGGUGUACGAAGAGAUAGAUCUAGGACCUACCAUGUAUCCAAGAAAAAUUCAGCAGGCUGUGUGCAUCUGUGAGACUUGUAUCGCCGCGGACUCCAUGAAUUGUGAAGAAAUCCGUCAGAACAUGACCGUGUUCAGCAUUAGCGGAUGUCGUGAUGGGUUGGCCAUCUUUAACAAACUGGAUCUGUCCAUCGUCGUGGGCUGUCACUGCGCCAACGCCGCCAUCAGCCACGUGCGAAUCACCGAAGCCUAGUGGACGAAGAGCCCCAGAAGGAGAGGGGAUGCUCCAGGAGAAGUCAGGGAUACGUCUGUUAUACAGACGUCUUCCUUGUCGUUGAUGACCAGGCCCUCUCAUAUUUUAUUUUCAAACACUAGCAAGUUAUGCUACAGAACCUUUCGACAGUUGAUUUGACAAAGAAGAGCUGUUCUCUAUACCUUAUUCCCAUAAUCCCCCCCUCCCCGAGUUGACCAUAUCUAUAUACAAACACCUUCCCCGCCCAUCUACGAGCAGCUCUUUGAAGUCAUUUUCAACUACCUAUUGGUAGGUCAUAUUGACCUAUUUACAUUUUGCCAAAUAGUAUUAUUUAUUUAUUAACGAAAAAUCAUAAUCUUUAUGUUCUUAAUCAUUAUAUAUUGAAAUUAUUUCUUUGUACAAAUGUCCUUCAAUAUCUAAAAAUACUCAUUGUUACAUUUUUGAUACUUUUUUUAUUGUAAUAUUUUAUGGCUCCUACUUUUUAUUAGAGGCCAAUACUUUAUAUAUAAUUUGAAAGGAUUGCAUUUACAAAGUCAUUUUUUUUUUCUGAAUUUGAAUAUAUACAUCAGUACAUCUGUACUUGUACAUAGACAAUUAAUGAUAUUUGAUAACAAAAUGCUUAUAAAAGCAAUGUUACAUUUGUAUUGGCUAUGUAAGUUAUAUAUAUAUAUAUAUAUAUAUAUAUCUACGUCCAUGUAUUUGGUCACUAGUUGACCAGUCUUUAUAAAGAGGUCGGUACUAUGGGAAAGCGUCAACAACAUUCGCGUGUGUGUUCAAACUGGGUGAGACGUCCAUACCACUGAGGUCCGGCAAACUGUAGCCGGUGGAUUGCUCAGCCAAAGCUAUUUGAACACACCGAAAUAUUUCUCUGAUUUGAGAAUCCUUGAUCUUGGUAUGUAGGCCUAGAUCGACACAGACUAUACCCUACUUCUUUGAACACAGCCGUAUCCCAUUAAAACAACAACUAGACACUGUGAUAUAAAUAUAAGGCACUAUCAGUGCAGGGAGAUAACUAUCUUUUUUAUGUAUAAAUGUUGUUACCGUUCUUUUCUAUUUUUUUUUUUUAUGUAUUCCAUAUUUAUGUAUAUUUUAUUUAUAAAUUUGAUUGUUAACUAUAUUUUGUUUUUAUUGUCUAUAAAGUAUAUAAAAUGUAUCUUUAAUAUGUAAAAAAAAUAAGUCAGUAGAUUUAAGAACAUAUAUUAUCUUCCCUUGUCCUACAAGACUUAAGCAUUCAUACCUAAAAUUACAAUUAACUAUAUAUGUCUAUGAAAAUGUCAAUUAAUAUUCCUAAUCAUUUGUCAUUUUUGUACAAAGUUAAAAUACUAAUGAACCCUAGCCCCAUUAGAUGUUGGUUUUCUUAAGGGAAAUAAGCCACAUCCUAGUCAGUGUAUUCUGUAGGCUCUAACGUCAAGAGACACAAGGUAUACACAUGUUUAGUCCAAUAUGUACUCAUUAAUGCGUAGCUGAAUUUACUUCAUUGUAAAAGUUGAAUUAUUCAUUUCAUUAUUGCACUGUUACUUCUUAUACAAAUAUAUGUUCAUUCUUGAUUUAAGUUUUUUAUUCUAAAUAAUUAACCAGUAGAUAUUGUUCAAUUUUCCAUAUUUAUCGACUACACUGAUACAUGCUGGCUCAUUUAGUCUAGAUUUUGGCUAAUGGCAAAAGUAAUUCCCCAUAAUUUUAAAUUUCCUGCUUUAUAGACUUUUGUUUCACUAGAAUAUUAAUAAAACAGACUCUCCCAUAAGAAAGAUUUGUUUGUCAGUAAUACUUCAGAUAUUCAACUUGAUGUUUGAAACAUUGGAAACAGUUUUCUGUAACAAUAAAAAAAAAUGUUAACAAAGUUUGACAACUAUUCUACUCCCGAUACAUACAGUACGUCAAAGCUUGUGAUGAAUUCAACUAGUAUGUGCUCCCUCCCAGUCUCCACAGCAAUAGUGGUCUAAAGAACUCGAAGGAAAUCGCUCCAGGCUAGAGAUUCGAAUGAGAGAUACCUUGCCAUUACCUUUACAGACGAGAUGUCAUUUGAGCAAUGUUCUGAAAGAUAGCUGUAUGCUACUAUUUAUAUUUGAUCUCUAUAAUUUGUUCUAAUGUUCGAUUGACUCAAAGCGAUACUGUGAUACGUGUUUGUAUUUAUUCUGACCAAUUAUUAUGAAACUCAUUUUUUUUAAAUUCUGAUUUCAAUAAAAAAAAAUAUGUUAAUAUAAAA